GGCUAGGUUGCCAGUUCAGGAUUGCUCUGCAUUCCCCAAAGUGGUGUUUUUGUUCAAAACGGCUCUAAAUCUGGGUUCAAUCAAAUGUAUUUAAUCCCGGCUUCCAGGGAUGAGGUGGCUUUUGCCCUGGAUUCUAGCAGCAAGCAGCAUUUUGCAGGCCACUGCCCAGAGCUCCCUCCCCAUGAGCAGCACCGUCCCAGCCACGCCAGAGCCCUACACACGGACUCAGUUCUGCAGGUGGCCCUGCCAGUGCCCCAGGUCCCCACCCCGCUGCGCGCUGGGCGUCAGCCUGGUCACGGAUGGCUGUGACUGCUGCAAGACCUGUGCCAGGCAGCGAGGGGAGAGCUGCACUGAGGCUGACACCUGUGACUUCCACAGGGGCUUGUACUGUGACUACAGCGGAGACAGACCUAGGUACGAAAUAGGAGUAUGUGCACAGAUUGUUGGUGUAGGAUGUGUCCUCAAUGGAGUCAGGUAUAAGAACGGGGAGACAUUUCAGCCCAACUGCAAAUACAACUGCACGUGCAUUAAUGGGGCUGUGGGCUGUGUUCCCAUGUGCACAAACUCACGUCCCCCACUUGUCUGGUGCCCAAACCCAAAGCUGAUUAAGAUGGCAGGGAAGUGCUGCGAGCAGUGGGUUUGUGAUGACUCCAGGAAAAUCAGGAAGACAUCUCCACGUCAUAUCUCCUCUGCAGCGUACGAGGGAGAGGACGAAGCCUGGCAGAAGAACUGCAUAGUGCACACCUCACCCUGGAGUCCCUGCUCAAAGACCUGCGGGCUGGGCAUCUCCACCAGGAUUUCCAAUGACAACGACCAGUGCCGGCUCCUGAAGGAAAGCCGCCUGUGCAACAUGAGGCCCUGUGAGGUGGAUAUAACCCAGCACAUCAAGCCUGGGAAGAAAUGCUUGGCUGUCUACAGGGCGAAUGAACCCAUGAACUACACCAUCUCUGGAUGUGUGAGCAAAAUUCCAUACAGACCCAAAUACUGUGGUGUCUGCACAGACAACAGGUGCUGCACACCCUACAAGUCCAAGACUAUUGAAGUGAGGUUUCAGUGCCCAGAUGGAAUUGAGUUUUCCUGGAAAAUUAUGUGGAUCAAUGCUUGUUUUUGCAACCUGAACUGCAGGAACCCCAAUGACAUCUUUGCUGACUUGGCUCAUUACUAUGAUUACUCUGAAAUCGCUAAUUAAAGUGGCUGAAUGCUGGAAUUGACUCUUUGCUCUGAUUUUACAGAGGUUUUAAAAUAAAAGGAGAAUCUUCA